AUGGCUUCUAGACGAGAAGGCUCGGGUGAAGAAGCCGAAAAGUUUCCGUUGAGUGAAAGCAGUAAAAAAGCACAUGACGUCCACUUAAGCCGGUUACAAAGCUUUGUCGUGCCGGAGAAGGGAAAGGACGACGAUACCGGAAACGAGACUCUAGACCCGUAUUCUCGUUUCCGCAGAGAUCUUCUACUGUCUGUUCGGCCGAAUGAACCGCAGCGCCGUAGAGUCCUCUGGGAAAGCCUGGAUUUGCUGGAGAAUUUCGUCCAGGCGUUAGGAUUAGGCGACCCGGACUACUAUGUCCUCGUCGCUGUCCAUAUCUUCAAGAAUACAACCGGCACGCCAAACGAGACAGAAGAGUUGAAUGCCAACGCCGGACUCAGCAAGGACCCGGAGAUCGUGCGAUUGUUAGCGCAAACAUGUUCCCACAUCCGUUCGCUGGUUGGAAUCAAGGCUUGGCAUGAGGCGACGUCAAUCUGCUGGAACCUUGCGCACGCUUCUGGCCCUGCUGAUGCCACGAAUGAACCUUCUAAGGCGCUCCCUGGACUCAGCCAAACUGAGGAGAAGAUCCGGGAAACCGCACAGAGAUUGAAGGUCGAAGAUAUGUCUUUUUCCGAUUUGGCGACGACCCCAAAAGAGCUCGACACCAAAGCUAUCUUAAUAGAGGGACGCAAAAGUUUGACGCAUUUCAACUCGCACGAAAAUGGAGUCCAAAAGCUGGAAGUGCAAGCACCCGAAGAAGUUUUCGCUGACGCGGAGCCGGGCACCUCUGGGUCGAAUUCGGGGAUUCGACUGGGCGAAAUACUCCAAUCUGUCCGCGAUCUCUUUGAUGAGGGCGCGACGAUGGCCAAGGCACUGCUUGAACUCAUUGAAGGUCCGAAAACCGUGGAUCAGUUGCAAGAGGAGCUCAUCGAACUGCUGGGCUUCGAACAAUUUGAACUCGUCGGGCAAAUCCUCGAGUUCCGCGACGAGCUGCGGCAGCAAGCAAAGCGGGCGAAACUCGAAAUCUAUAAAAGCAGCAGAAUGGCCGAGUCGAAGGCUCCGGAAAAUCCAAAUGUCGGCCAAUCAAUCGUCGUCCAGUCAUCAAGCCAGGCUGAACUAAAGAAGGAGAUUCGACGAGAGCAAAAGCGAAAUAAACGUGAAAUGUCUCGGAUCCAAAAUGCGUUCGGUGAAGAUGAGCUGUUGGAACUGGAAUUGGCGCAAAAAGAACAGUUGCGAGAAAGGCAACGAGAAUUGGCAUUGCUGAAAUGGGGCCCGACAAUCGUGGCUGGGCAGCAGCCGAAGGAAUAUGCGCUUCCCGAAGGCUCCGAACGCCGUUCCCACAAAAAUCACGAGGAGGUGCUCGUGCCGGCGAUGCAGCGGGAUAUGAUACAAGAUGUGCAUCAUAUCUAUGUCAAAGAUAUGGACGAGCUCGGCCAGCUCGGGUUCAAAGGCUUCGAGAAGCUGAACGUGAUCCAGUCGAUCGUCUUCGAGCAGGCGUACAAGACCCGAGAAAACUUGCUGAUCUGCGCGCCGACCGGUGCCGGCAAGACGAACAUUGCGAUGCUCGCCAUUCUCAAUACAAUCCAUCAGCAUCGGAAGCCCGACGGGACGAUCAUGAAGGAUGACUUUAAAAUGAUCUAUAUUGCUCCUAUGAAAGCGCUGGCCACGGAAAUGACGGAGAGCUUCGGGAAACGAUUGGCUCCUUUGGGUCUAAAGGUGCGCGAAUUGACUGGAGAUACGCAGCUGACAAAGAAGGAACAAGCGGAGACGCAGAUGCUGGUGCUAACCCCAGAAAAAUGGGAUGUCGUGACGCGCAAAGCCGGCGAUGAUACACUGACGUCAUUUGUUAAGCUGCUGAUCAUUGACGAGGUUCAUCUUCUACACGACGAUCGUGGACCGGUUAUCGAGACCAUUGUUGCGAGGACAUUGCGCCAAGUGGAAAUGACGCAAUCCGGAAUCCGUAUCGUCGGCCUAUCUGCCACGCUGCCGAAUUACAUUGAUGUGGCCUCUUUCUUGCGCGUCAACCCCUACAAGGGCCUCUUCUUCUUUGACGGGCGUUUUCGGCCGGUGCCACUAUCACAAAAAUUCAUCGGUGUGAAAAAACAGAUUGGCGGUAUGCGAGAGCAACGCGACCAAAUGGACGAGAUUUGCUACAAGGAGGUACUCGACUUUGUACGACGCGGACACCAAGUGCUCGUCUUCGUCCAUGCCCGAAACGCGACUGCCACCCUGGCUCAGCGCUUCCGCGAGCUGGCUGCUGUCAAUGUGGGUGAUUUGGAACGUUUUCUUCCCCCUUCCGUCGCCACAAAGGGCUACAUUGCCGCGAAGAAGACUGUUCAAGCCUCAAGGAAUGGGCUACUUUUCUCUAAUUUCCAAUACGGAAUGGGUAUCCAUCACGCUGGUCUCCAGCGUAGCGAUCGAUUGUUGAUGGAGAAAAUGUUUGCGCAGGGGUAUAUUCAAGUCUUGUUCUGUACCUCGACGCUGGCCUGGGGAGUCAACUUGCCAGCACACGCUGUUGUGAUUCGCGGAACUGACGUCUUCGAUUCGGAGAAAGGAGCCUUCACCGAUUUGGGCGUGCUUGACGUGCAGCAAAUUUUCGGGCGUGCCGGACGGCCUCAAUUCGAGAACGAAGGACACGGCAUCAUCAUCACCCAGCAGAAAACGCUCGACAAAUACCUGGGAAUGUUGAUUCGUCAAGCGCCCAUAGAGAGCCAGUUUUUCAAGCGCAUCCACGACAAUCUGAACGCUGAAAUUGCGCUAGGCACUGUUUCAACCGUGGACGAGGCUGUUGAAUGGCUUUCCUAUACCUACUACCAUAUUCGGGCGCGGAUAAACCCGAUCGCUUACGGACUGCCGCACAAUGUCAUGACAAAGGAUCCCAAUCUCCGCGAUACAAUGACACAGAAGGUGCAGGAUAUUGCUUCCCAAUUGGACACACAGCAGAUGAUCCGUUUCGACUCGCUGAAUGGGUUCUUGUCGGCUUGUGAUUUGGGAAGAAUUGCCUCACAGUUCUACAUCAAGUACGAGACGAUUGAGAUGCUGAAUGGAAGUGGCCAGCCGGUCACCUUCCAGAAAUUCAUGCCUGAUGAUAUGGUCGUCGGGCUUGUUGCGCAGGCGACCGAGUUUGCUCAAUUGAAGGUUCGGGAAGAAGAGAUGAUCGACCUGGAGGAAAUGACGGCCUCCGGAUGUUUCCUGCCAAUUCGCGGCGGCGGACUGGCGAGCAUCCCCGGAAAGGUCAACUGUUUGCUACAGUGCUUCAUCUCCCGCUGCUUCAUCAAGUCUUUCUCCCUAGCAUCGGAGGCGCUCUACGUGCAGCAGAAUGCAACUCGGUUGGCUCGGGCGUUUUUCGAGAUCUCGUUGCGCCGCGGAUGGGCUAACGCCACCAACUCUUUCCUGCACAUGAGCAAAUGCUUAGAAAAACGGAUGCCACCCAACCAGUCGGGACUACGCCAACUGAUCGAACUCGGCAUCCUGGGAAUCCAAACGGUUGAAAAGGUGGAACGACGGAGAUUGUCCGAGCAGCAGCUUUUCGACUUGUCCGUCAAGGAACUCGGCUAUAUGUUCUCAGUGGAUGGGCAGAAGCUAUACGACGCAAUUCACAAUUUGCCGCGACUCGACUGCUCAGCUGUCAUUCAGCCGAUUACAAACACAAUCGUGCAACUUCGCGCCACCGUCACCCCGGCUUUCGAAUGGAACGACCGCGUACACGGCAAGAAUUCGGCGCAAUCAUUUUGGGUGACCCUGGAGAAUAUCGACGAGAAUAUGAUCCUUCACCACGAGCGCAUCAGCUUCAACAGCAAGAAGGUCCGAUCGGCGACCCCGCAGGAGCUCGUCUUCACCGUGCCCAUCCGGGACCGUGAACUCUCCAACAACUACCAACUGCGCAUCGCCAGCGAUUAUUUCGUGACCGAGGACACAACACUGGCGCUGAGCAUGCACAAUUGCGUGUUGCCCACGAGUUAUACGGGUCAUACAGACUUGCUACCACUCGACCCGCUGCCAAUAACAGCCCUUCGAAAUCCGGAUUUCGAGUCGAUCUAUCCCUUCGACUACUUCAACCCGAUCCAAACACAAAUCUUCUACCCGCUCUACAUGACGGACGAAUCGUGUCUGGUGGGCGCUCCGACUGGAUCCGGAAAAACCGUCUGCGCCGAGUUGGCCCUGUUCCGGUUGUUGCAAAAAUAUCCUGGGAAGAAGUGCGUCUACGUCGCCCCGCUGAAAGCCCUUGUUCGCGAGCGGGUCUCGGAUUGGAAAAAGAAAUUUGAGAGCCGCGGCUACAAAGUCUUGGAACUGUCGGGUGACUACACGCCUGAUGUGGCUACGCUCAAUGCGGCCCCGAUUUUGAUUACGACGCCGGAAAAAUGGGACGGCGUGACGAGGUCCUGGGCAACGAGGGAAUACGUUCGGCAAGUGGGACUCAUUGUCAUCGACGAGAUUCAUUUACUUGGCGUGGACCGUGGCCAUGUGCUGGAGGCGAUCGUCACCAGGAUGAAAUACCUGACGAGAAAGUCGAUGAUGCGCGAAUCGCCGGCUCGACUUCUCGGGCUGUCAACGGCGUUGGCCAAUGCGGGUGAUGUCGGUGAAUGGAUGGGAAUUCCUGAGUGGGGGCUCUUCAAUUUCCGGCCUUCGGUCCGCCCAGUACCGAUCAACGUCCAUAUUUCUGGAUUCCCCGGCCAACACUACUGCCCGCGCAUGGCUCUAAUGAAUAAACCGGCCUUCAAAGCCAUCCUCAGCUACUCCCCCCUGAAGCCGGUGAUCGUGUUCGUCGCCUCACGUCGUCAAACGCGCUUGACCGCGUUGGCCUUCAUCUCAAUGCUCGUUGUGAGCUCGGACCCGCGCCAGUGGCUGAAGAUGUCGAUGGACGAACUGGAGGCGUUGAUGCAGACUGUGCGCGAUGAGAACCUGAAAUUGACACUCCCAUUCGGCAUCGGAAUGCACCACGCCGGCUUGCAGCCGCAUGAGAGGGCACUUGUCGAGCAGCUAUUCGUCGACAAGAAGAUCCAAGUACUCGUGGCAACAGCCACCCUCGCUUGGGGCAUCAACAUGCCUGCCCACCUCGUCAUCGUCAAGGGCACCGAAUUCUUUGAUGGCAAGAAGGGCAAAUAUGUCGACUUCCCGGUCACUGACGUGCUGCAAAUGAUGGGCCGUGCCGGACGACCGCAAUUUGACGACACUGCCGUUGCCGUCAUCUACGUGCAAGACGUCAAGAAACAUUUCUACAAGCGCUUCCUCUACGAACCGUUCCCCGUGGAGAGCAGCCUCUACCCGGCAUUGGCGAAUCACGUAAAUGCUGAGAUCAACGCGGGCACCAUCACAUCGAAGCAGAGCAUCAUGGAGUACCUGGCUGGCACUUAUUUUUAUCGCCGACUCUUCGCGAAUCCUAACUACUACGGCAUCGAGGAGAUGAACGAGGCCGCCAUUUGUCGGUUUUUAUCUCAAAUUGUCGAUGAGAUCAUCGCCGAGUUGCUGGAGAGCAGCUGUAUCACGAUUAACGAGGAAGACGAUACGCUGUCACCGACAAGCUUCGGCCGCCUCUCUUCCAUUUAUUACUUGGAGCAUAUGACGAUCCGCUUCUUCCUGAAGGCCAUCCGCCCGGACAGCUCCAUCGAAGCGCUCCUAAAAGUUCUAACGGAUGCUCCCGAAUAUGCCGAGAUCCCGGUGCGACACAAUGAGGAUCAGAUCAACGCUCAACUGGCUCGGCGCGUUCGCCUGAAGCUUCCUCCAGAUGCUAUGGACUCCCCUCACAUAAAGGCGCAUAUCUUGUUUCAGGCCUACUUCUCUCGAAUGGACCUUCAAACCGAUUACCGGACGGAUCAAAGGACUGUCAUCGAUUCUAGCAUCCGUAUUUUGCAGGCGAUGCGCGACGUUUGCCUGUUGCGGGGCUGGUUGCACCCGGCACUCGGGGUGUCCGUGUUGGCGCAGAUGUGCCAUACCGGUCGAUGGUGGGACGAUCAUCCGCUUCUCGUACUCCCGCACCUUAGCCCCGAUGACGCCGAGGCGCUUGGACCAAACGGUUGCACGAUACCGGAAUUGCACGACUGGUGGGGCAUUGAGAAGGCGAAGGGCACAGAUGAUGUUUGUCGACGUGUCAGACGGGAGGUCAUCGACAAGACCACCGUUCCAGAGGGCCGUGUCAAUGAUAUUAUCACAUCGGCAUGUCGUCUCCCCGUCGUCCGCGUCAAUGGCCUCACCUUCAUCCACGGCGGCCAGGAGACGAGCCUUUCAUUCAAAGACCUAAGCAAAGUUGUCCGCCUUCCGAGGAGCACCGCAUGUCGUGUGAGGCUCGAAAUUGAAGCGCUGGGACCGAAUAGGUUCAACGCUGAUGCCUGUUUGCCCGUCUGGCCAAAGGAGAAGUCGGCGGGAUGGGUGUGUCUAUUCGGCGACAAGGACACUGGCCGUUCGCUUGCCUCGCAUUUCACGGCUUCACCCACGCCUCGACGAGUCACCAGAAUGGAGCUGAAAACACCGGAUCAGAAGGGCCGCAUCAACAUCACGUUCUUCCUGAUCUCCGACUGUUAUCUUGGACUGGACCAAGAAUAUACCAUCCAGGCUGAACUAUUU